AUGCUGACAAAAUUUUUCAUUACUAGGUUAUCUGUGGUUUUUUUAUAUCUUAUAUGUUAUAUGUCCUAUAGUGAUGGAGCAGCCUCAGAUAUACAAUUAGAUGCCAAGGCACAAUCUACUCAUAGGCUAGAUAGUUUGAAUUUUUUAUCCUAUACAUUUCUACUGAUUUUGACUGUACUUACCAUUUGGCUGUUCAAACACCAUAGAGUUAGUUUUUUACAUGAAACUGGUCUGGCUGUUAUAUAUGGACUUAUUGUUGGAGCUAUCAUAAGGUAUUCAGGAAGUUCAUCUCAAGUAUUAAAUAUGCAAGUUUUUGUCAAUGAUCCACAGUAUAACUCCACUGUGCCACCAGAUACUUUAUCCCUACAUUUCCCUAUAAAGGAUCACAUUGGGAUUACAAAUAAAACAUUUCAGUAUAUAUUUAGAGAGGAAAUUGUUGAUCUGAGGGAGAAUGAAAUUGAUCUCAAAGCUACCUUUGAUCCAGAAAUAUUUUUCAAUAUAAUUCUACCACCAAUCAUCUUCCAUGCAGGAUAUUCUUUGAAAAGGAAAUAUUUCUUUCGUAACUUGGGCGCAAUACUAACCUUCGCAAUAAUAGGCACGACAGUAUCCUCAUUUGUGGUUGGAGCGUUAAUGUAUGGCUGCGUCCAGUUGAUGCCUGCAAGAUUAGCAAGUAGUUUCACAUUUUUGGACACUCUGUAUUUCGGAGCCCUAAUAUCCUCUACUGACCCACUGACAAUCCUUGCUAUCUUUAACGACCUGAACGUAGAUGUUAACCUGUAUGCUUUAGUGUUUGGUGAAAGUGUACUCAAUGAUGCUGUCGCUAUUGUCCUCAGUGGAUCCAUACAGAACUAUGAGAAUCGCUAUCAAUCUGGUACGGGUGGCUUUGAGACGAAGGCAUUUUUUAAAGCAGCCGGAGAUUUUUUCGGAAUCUUCAUGUUGUCUUUACUCAUAGGAGCUGUGAUGGGAUGUGUUACAGCAUUGAUGACUAAAUUUACGAGAGUUAAAGACUUUCCACUCCUGGAAUCAGCUUUAUUUGUUUUGAUGUCAUAUAGUACUUUCUUGAUUGCAGAAGCUUCAGAACUUACUGGUGUGGUGUCCGUUCUAUUCUGUGGUAUUUGCCAAGCUCACUAUACUUACAACAAUCUCUCUGAAGACUCGAGGCAUAGAACCAAACAGAUGUUUGAGCUACUUAAUUUCUUGGCAGAAAACUUCAUAUUUUCCUAUAUUGGUGUUUCGAUGUUCACUUUUCCCAAGCAUCAUUUCGACCCUCUUUUUAUUUUAGCUGGAUUUUUAUGUGCAGCCAUAGGUCGAGCAGCGAACAUCUAUCCCUUGUCAUUCAUACUCAAUCUGGGCAGAAAACCGAAAAUUCCACUCAAUUUUCAGCAUAUGCUAUUUUUUGCAGGCUUGAGGGGAGCGAUGUCAUUUGCCUUAGCAAUACGUAAUACUCUGUCAGAGGCUCGUCAAGCAAUGUUGACCACAACUUCAUUGAUUGUGAUAAUCACUGUAAUCAUACAAGGAGGAGCUGCGAUGAAUUUGCUGAACUGGUUUCAGAUCCCGGUGGGUGUAGAUGAUGAAACAGAGGCCUUAUCUAACCAAGGUAUUCGCAGUGGCAACUCAACACCGAGAACGGAAUGGAAUGACAUCUCAGGAUCGGAAAUACCCAGACAGCAAAAUGAAAAAGCAUUUCUGGCUAGGAUCUGGGGGUCUUUCGAUUCACACUACAUGAAGCCAUUGCUUACUCAUUCAAGGCCUACCUUACUAGAGACGUUGCCAGUUUGCUGCAAUCCGCUGGCUAGGAUACUUACUACUACAGAACAGAUGACUCAGGAAGGAACGAAUAUUCCGGCUCGUGAUUCUGACUCCGAUCUUUGUAUAGAAGAUAAUGAUUUUGCUAGUAACGAACAUUUGAGAUCUAAUUCUCAUAGACAUAUAAAUUCUAUUAGUGGCCAUCAAGUUUAA